AAUUCUAUAAAAGCUAUCUUCAGCUACUCUCAGCUCCCCCAUCCCCCUGCCAUUCAGUCUUUCAGAAUUAUCAAUUCCGACUUCCCCAUCUCUCUUUCUCUCAACGCACGCACGCGCGCACUGAAUUCAAGGAGUAAAGGGGAAGAGUUAGUGUAGUUUGGGUGAGAUUCAAUGGAUGUUCACACGAUCAAAUCCUCAACAGAAGAUCACGUGGAUAUGAUGACAAUGAUGAUGCAAAUGGAAAAGCUUCCUGAAUUCUGUGAGCCUUUCCAGAGCUCUUCCACAUUGCCUGAAAUCCACUUCUCCGAUGGGACAUCGAGCUCCACCAUCCUACCCAAACCACCCAUUUACCCACACCCAAAUGUUUCUUCACUUAAUACAUUGAUGACCCUGCCUUCCACUUUAUCAUUCAUUGGCAAUAACCCAGUUCUAGAACCCAUGACUCCAUCUCUCCAACCCAACAAUAUGGCCACUGGCAACAAGUUCAAAUAUCCAACUUCUUUCAACAAUUUAAAUUCAUAUCCUUCUUCAGUAGAUAAGAAAACCUCCAUGGCAGCAAUGAGGGAGAUGAUUUUCCGUAUAGCAGCAAUGCAGCCUAUUCAUAUAGACCCAGAAUCCAUUAAGCCUCCAAAAAGAAGGAACGUUAAGAUCUCCAGGGAUCCCCAGAGCGUGGCCGCCAGGCAUAGAAGAGAAAGGAUAAGUGAGCGGAUAAGGAUUCUUCAAAGACUUGUUCCAGGAGGCACCAAAAUGGACACAGCUUCAAUGUUAGACGAGGCCAUUCACUAUGUCAAAUUCUUGAAGAGACAGGUGCAAUCUUUGGAACAAGCUGCCAUUAACAGGCCAAUGGGUGUUGGGUUUCCAAGUGCAACAAUGGCUAAUGUGGGCUACUCCUCUUUUGUGAAAGCUUGCCAGCCAUCUAACCAUCAUCAAGUUGUAGGCAAUAUGCAGAUGCUUAGAUAGGAGAUAAAAUUUAGAAUUUAGUUGGUUC